AUGAAAAAGGUAGCAAUAGCCCUCGCGGCAUUGACUGGAACCGCUAUGGCCAUACCAGCCUUCCCCGGAGCAGAAGGUUUCGGUAAAGAAGCCACCGGUGGGCGUGCUGGUACCCAUUAUCUCGUCACCAAUCUCAACGACUCUGGAGCUGGAUCUCUACGCGAUGCUGUCUCAAAGCCAGACCGCAUUGUUAGUUUCGCAAUUGGCGGUACAAUCAACAUCGAUUCAAGAAUAGUUGUCUCUGCCCGCGUGACAAUUCUUGGACAAACAGCACCAGGAGAUGGUAUUGCUACAUACGGCAAUGGCUGGUCCUUCUCGAAUGCUCAUAACUCAAUUGUUCGGUAUAUUCGUAUCCGUAUGGGCAAACCAGGCGAUUCUGGCAAGGACGCUAUUACCAUCGCGGACGGUGACACGAUGAUUUUUGAUCAUGUUAGUGUUUCCUGGGGCCGUGAUGAAACAUUCUCUAUCAGUGGAGAUGUCAAUAACAUCACCAUUCAAGACUCGAUCAUAGCGCAAGGGUUGGAAACUCACUCUUGCGGAGGCUUGAUGCAGACCGACGGGGGAGUCUCCCUUUUCCGCAACCUAUAUAUCGACAACAAGACUCGUAACCCAAAGGUGAAGGGUGUUAAUGAUUUCACAAAUAACGUUAUCUACAAUUGGGGAGGUGGUGGUGGUUAUAUUGCUGGAGACUCUGACGGGCAGUCUCGAUGCAAUAUCAUCAAUAACUACUUCAUUAGUGGGCCAGACACUUCUGUUACUGCAUUUACUCGAGGCAAUGCGAAUUUCCAGGGAUACGUACAAGACAAUUAUUAUGACUCGAAUAAGAACGGUGCCCUUGAUGGUACAAUUCUCGGACCUGCAUCCUCCAACUAUGGCGGCAUGGUCAUUGUCGGCACAAAAUUCAACUAUCCUAGCCCGGCCAACCUUAUGAGUGCGCCCAAUGCUCUCAACCAUGUCCUUGCAAAUGCGGGAUGUUCCAAAGCCCGAGAUGCCAUCGAUAAGAGACUCGUGCAAGAAGUUCAAUCUUGGGGAAAGAGCGGUCAGCUCAUCAGCGACGAAAAGGCCUCUCCUAUGAAUUAUAACCCUUCUGCGCUGAACGGCGGUACUAGAUGGGUUGACACCGACGGUGACGGUAUUCCGGAUGAUGCUGAAAUCCGCAUGGGCACUGACCCGAACAAGGCAGAUUCCAUGCAGGAUAAAGAUGGAAACGGCUAUAAGAACAUCGAGGACUGGGCUAACUCCCUGAUAUCGGGUGGCUCAACUCCUGGUUCUACUACUGCUGUUACUACCAAGUCAACGACCACGACUACCAAAGCUACUACACCAGCUGCCACGACUCCUCAAACCACAGCCAUAACGACAACGAAGCCUCCUACUACUACUGCUGCGCCGACAGGAUCCGGACAGAGUAUUUACGGCCAAUGUGGUGGUUCUGGUUGGACUGGGCCAACCAACUGUGUAGCUCCAGCCACCGCCUGCUCUUCUCUUAAUCCUUACUACUUUCAAUGCUUGUAG